CUGUCUUAGAUCGAAAACAACUAUCUCCAAAAUUAUUUUUAUGUAGCAAUCUUUUAACCAGAAACAAUUCAACUGUUGUAGAAGACGAAAAAAAGAAAAAACAUAAACAUAGUCCUUACGCUAUUGCAGUUAAUACUCCCUUACCAUCUCGUGUCGCUCCCGAUGCAGAGACUGACGAAUUUAUACUUGAGGGACUUAAUU